CACAAACAAACAAACAAACAAACAAACAUACCGUCUAAAAAACCUCUCCACAGGCCAACACCUCACCCUCUGCUCCCUACUCCUCUCCGUCUUCCCGCCACCGCCUGAGACCUCACACGAAUACUGCAGCAUCUCCAGGAAUUCGCACGCUUUUAGAUCGCCGUUGAAGCCUUUCCGUUUCGUGCCUGUGAGGGAGGUUUGUGCGCGGAGGGGAAGCUGGGUUGAGGGGAAGAGCUCGGUUGGGGGGGCCAUUUCUUUGGGUGGGUUAAAGGGGGUAGGGUGUUGUAGAGAAGGGGGGAAAAGAGGGAAGUGGAGAGGAGAGGAGGAAGAUGGCGGCGGGGGUUUUGGGAGAGAGACUUUUGAGAGAGGUUCAGGGUGAGGAGGGGAGUUUGGAGGAUGUGAGUUGUGAUUUCUUUUUUCUUCUGUCGUUCUUUGAUUUUGGAGUCUCUUUCUGUUAUUUCAACUCUCUAUCCUCAUACACUCUCCUCACCAACCUCACCUGCAUGGCUCAAAACCAAUCCAGCCACAUCACGUGUCACACCUCCAACAACGAAAAUCAGCUGACACACCCCAGCUCCUCACAACUCUCCGCACCCACCACCCCUCCCAAACCACCCUCCUCCCCGCACCACUAACCCAACUCCUCACCCACCACAACCAAACCAACCCCACAAAAACAAAAACACUCACCCUCUCCGGCUCCUACACACCUCUAAUAAACCACCUCAUCCUCACCCUCCUCACCCCCGCUCAGCCAACAACAAUAGCCAUCCUCGACCUCACCCAUCGCUUCUCGCCUUCUCAUCUGGUUUCUGCACUAGGGGUGGAGGAAUUGAGACAUAUCCAUGUUUUCUACCCUACCCCUGAGACCCUGAGGGGGGUGAUGGAGGGAUUGGAGGGGUAUAUGGUGGAUGGUAGCCAUGCGAGUAAGGGACGGGAGUGGAGGGGGGUUUUUGUUAUUGGAGGACCGCCGCCUGGGGUGUUGGGGGUGGGAGAAGGGAAGAUGGGAGGUGCUUCGAUGAUAAGAAGUGAGGAGAUGUUACGAGUUGGGACGUCGUGGAGGGGAUGGCUGAGAGUUGAACGGGAAGUUGUGAAGACGUUUGGGAAGGGGAUUAGUGUUGAGGAGGCGUGGGAGGAGAGUAUGGGUAUGGGUAUGGGUAUGGGUACCGGGAGAAACUCUGAGGGCGAGCUGAGGUGGAGGGCUGUUUGUGGGGAGGGGGUUUAUAGGUUUUGAUUUUGAUUUUGGUGGUGAGGAUGGGUUUGAUGCUGAUGCUGGGGUUUCAUGAGGAAUGUUUGUUUUGUCUUGAGUAUUGGGAUGGGGAGCUGAUGGUAUGGGUAUGUUUUACGGGGUAGCGUCGGGAGAGAGGGAGGGAAGUUUAUGUCAGGGAGUGGAGGAAAGAGAUGGUGAUGGAUGGGAGGAUGGAGUGGGAUGAUUUACGGCUAGCUGUGCUGUGCUGGUUUUGGGGGGAACGGAGUUUGAAGGGAUGUG